UUUUGUGAGCAGGGAAUGGGGUGUCAGGAGCAGCCAGGUUGGCUUUCCAAACUCUUAAGCUUACACUCUCAAGUGCCUAAGCUCCACAGUCUGAAGCAAUGCAGUUGGGUCUGCCCCCGCACCAGCUACAGCUGCACGAACUUCCGCACCAGCCUCUGCCCGAUCGCGGUUAGUGGCAUUGGCAACACCUGUAGCAGCCUCCACUCCUACAGUCACCCUUACAACCUCCAACUGAUUCCACCAGCUAAGGUCUGCUUGAUGCCUCCAAGCGCUCCAGAAUGGAACGACGAGAAGAUGCCGAUGGUUCACAGCCCGCUCCCUCCACCGUACCAGGACAUGCCUCACCAGGGACCCCCACCACAGCAGCAGGCAUUUGGAUAUCCAGCACAAUGUGCAGGUGCAGGAUAUAAUCAGCCACCGGCUUUCAUGAACCAACAGCAUCCAGCUCAGCCUCACACUGUCACUGUCCAGCCCACUGUUUACGUGGCUCAAGCUCCUCUGAACCCAGUGAAAGAUUACAUGGGUUACUCCAUCUUCACCCUGCUCUGCUGCUGUCUGCCACUUGGAAUUGCUGCACUCAUCCACUCCAUCAAUGCCCGCGAAGCAAACUUUUCUGGGGACCGGAUGAGGGCAGAGAGAAACAGCAGAACAGCCAAGACCCUGAACCACGUGGCUCUGGGAAUCGGGCUUCUUAGCUUAACCCUGAUGAUUGUCUAUAUCGUGGUCAUAGUCGUCCAAGCCACCAGAUACCCGAGAUACCACUAUGGGUACAAAUGAGGCUACCCACACCUUAAAGGAAUCUUAUCUGUUUUUGACUAUUGAACUUUCUUUUUUUUAUAACUCCUCUGUUGUUUCUCUGUAGUGAUGCUAAAAUAACUUUUAAAGCAUGAGAACAAAGGAGCCAUUGUGGCAGCUUCCUAAUAUCCUGUUUUGGCUUAAUCUGUAAAGAUCUACAUUACUGCAUUGGUGCUGUGAGUGCCUGUUUUGCAUUUUCAAUUUUCUUUCUUUGGAUCCCUUUCAUUAAAACAUUUUUUAAAGCAU